AGUUAUAAAAAAUGAUGGGAGGCUUACUUGCCAUGUUACUUAGCUACGACAGCAUUUUUGGGUGUGGCAAGGCCUCCAUUUUCUGGGCGUGGCAGAGUCCUUGAUUGCUGCAGCAUAGUAGAUGACAUUGGAUCACAUGGAGCACAGUUGGUUCUUCAUCCAUCAACAUUGUACCUUCAAGGGAUUGGAAAGAACAUUGGGAUGUCUUGCCAGUGAGUGAUGGCGGAAAGGGCACUCCUGUAAUUUAUGGUCACAGGUGAUUUUCCACAAUUUUAAAGGCGGAGACGCAAAGAUCAGAAGGGAAGGAGCACCAGCAUCCACGACACGAGGAACAAACCAACGAACCCAUUUGCUCGGCAACUUUCAGAUCCGAUCCAAUUCUCGCUAGCAAUGCCGUCGGCUUUCAGCGGAGAUGAAACUGCGCCGUUUUUCGGCUUCCUUGGUGCCGCAGCCGCCCUAGUUUUCUCCUGCAUGGGAGCUGCCUACGGAACCGCGAAGAGUGGCGUGGGUGUAGCGUCGAUGGGCGUGAUGAGGCCGGAGUUGGUGAUGAAGUCGAUCGUGCCGGUGGUUAUGGCUGGUGUUUUGGGUAUUUAUGGCUUGAUUAUUGCUGUGAUUAUUAGUACUGGGAUCAAUCCCAAGGCCAAAUCUUAUUACCUUUUUGAUGGAUACGCCCACCUCUCAUCUGGUCUUGCUUGUGGCCUCGCUGGCCUUUCUGCCGGGAUGGCAAUCGGGAUCGUCGGUGAUGCUGGUGUUAGAGCCAAUGCCCAACAGCCAAAGCUUUUUGUUGGGAUGAUCCUUAUUCUUAUUUUUGCUGAAGCACUUGCAUUGUAUGGGCUCAUUGUUGGGAUUAUUCUCUCUUCCCGUGCUGGCCAGUCAAGAGCUGAGUGAAAAGACGAGGGCAUUCCAUAUGUUGACUGUGGUUUGUUGCUGUUUUUAAGAAUAUUAAUUUUAUAUGUUCUGGUUAGGACUGGCAGUUUAGUUCCAUGUAUCUCAUCUUCUUCCUCUUCUUGUCUUUUGUCUGCGGAUGUGAUUGAUAUUAUGGGAGAUGGAUUGGUUGGAUGCCAUUUGCUGAAAGUAGAAGAACAUAGAAAUAGGAAAAUAGUUUCUCCCCUCAAAUAAAGCUGGGCUGUCGACUGUUUUUUUCUUUUCCUUUUCCUUUUCCUUUUCCAAUGAUGUACCCUGCGGAUUACUGUCUAGAAAACUGCUUGUAUUAUUUUGCUGAAUUAUUGAUCCCACAUUUCAAAUAUUAUUUCUUUCCGAGUAA